AUGACUUUCCCUCUCGAGUCUGAUGUCUUUGAAAUCGACCUCCCAAUAACUGUCUUAGUGCUGAGUGAUGAUGAUUUUAUAGAAGAUGAAGAACAGGAAGUCUCAACAGGUAACGAUUUGAACAGUCAGGAGAAGGAAGAGGAAACUGCUUUGAAUAAUGUCAGCACCAUAAAAAACACAGAGGAAGAGCAGAGGCCUUCAGAUGAUGAUAACAUUAUAAGGAGUCAGGAAGAGGAGAGCACUUUGAAUGAGGACAGUGUUACACAUUUCAGCACUUUGAAUGAGGCCUGCUGUGUUGUAAAAUAUCCAAUUUUAAGAAAUGAGGAAGAAGAGGAGAUUACUCUGAAUGAGGACAACGUUGUAAAAUAUCCAGAUGAAAUUUUAAAGAGUCAGGAGGAAAAGGAGACCAUUUUGAAUGAAGACAAUGUUGUAAAAUAUCCAGAGGAAGUUUUAAGGAAUGAGGAGAAAGAGGAGACUACUCUCAAUAAGGACAAUGUAAAAUAUCCAGAGGAAAUUUUAGAGAGUCAGGAGGAAGAGGAGGCCACUUUGAAUGAGGACAAUGUCACACAUUUCAGCACUUUGAAUGAGGCCUGCUGUGUUGUACAAUAUCCAAAGGAAAUUUUAAGAAAGGAAGAAGAGGAGAUUACUCUGAAUGAGGACAACGUUGUAAAAUAUCCAGAUGAAAUUUUAAAGAGUCAGGAGGAAGAGGAGACCACUUUGAAUGAGGACAAUGUUGUAAAAUAUCCAGAGGAAAUUUUAAGGAAUGAGGAGAAAGAGGAGACUACUGUCAAUGAGGGCAGUGUUGUAAAAUAUCCAGAGGAAAUUUUAGAGAGUCAGGAGGAAGAGGAGACCACUUUGAAUACGGAAAACACUGUGAAAUAUCCAGAGGAAGAGCAGGUUUCUUUGCGUGUGUGUGAGAAAUGUUCCACCCAAGUUUUGGUAACUGAUCUGGAUGCUCUGAGCUCUAGUAAAUCCAGUCCAAAUUAUGAGGCUUCUACAUCACCUUCCACAUCAACUUCCAGAAUAGACCCUGUGGAUAUAAGCGAGUGUGCUGAAGGCAAAGGACACGAGAAUGAUGACAAUUCUUCAAAGGUUCUUUUUUUUCUGUCACGUGCUGAAAAUGAGGGUGGGGACAGUCUGACAAAUGGACAGGUGAUUUUGGGAACAGCAUUUACAAAUGAAAAGGAACUAAGGACUAAUGAAAACAACAGCAGUCAAGAAAACCCACCAAAAACCGAUUGCACGGAUAUGGAGAUGUGUGUUAACACUGAAGAUCUUUCCCCUUCAAAGAACAAAAAUAAUGAAGCUGAAGACAGAUCAAGAAAGGAACGUGGUUCUGAAGAUGAAACUCUAAAUUCUGGAAAACUUAAUGACAUUCAAGAAGAUCUAAAUGUUGUAGAAGAAAGAGAGUGUGUUCAAAAUACUUCUGCCCCGGUUGAUAAUGAAGACUCUUCUAUAUUGGAGGAUUUGCCAGAAAAUGCAGGUGAAUCAGCAAUGAAUGGUAUUGAAUCCAUUAUUUCUGAAGACCGUGUUCAUCUAUCAUUACCUUCAUCUUCUAGAGAAAUGGGAAGCUCAGAAAAUCUUGAUAUGUCUCAUGUGAUUACAAAACAUGUAAAACAACUGGAUGUAAAACAGCAAGAAGAGACAUUGCUACUAGACGAUGAGUACAACAGCAAAGCACUUUCUCUGAGAUUGUCUGCAUAUAAGCAUAAGAAGAGGCUGAAUUUCAAAUGCAGGUUUUGUAGCUCUGCAUAUAAAUGUACCAAUCUUCUAAAGAAACAUGUUUACUCAGUGCAUCAAGAUAAAAAAAUACACAAAUGCUGCUUUUGCCAGAGAACCUUUUUCUUUUUUGUCAACCUUAAAUUCCACCUUGCAUUUCAUAAGGCAGGGUUAAAAUAUAUAAGAAAAUAUAACGAAGCGAACAUUGCAAAAGAUGGAAAAAACACAGCGCAAGCACAAUCUUUGGAUAAGAAAAAGGAAAGUAAAUAUGAGAAAUUUUUCACCAAAAUUGGAAGGGAUUUUAAAACGAUAGGUACUCCCACAUUUUUUUCUUACAAAGUGUGUCUCUUUGCUUCACCAAAUCCUAAGGUUUUUAUUCAUCACGUGAAGGGACAUAGAGACACACCGCCUUAUCGGUGUCCUGAGUGUGACUAUUCCUGCAUUAGCUUGUCUUAUAUGCUGAAUCACAUGUACUGGCAUGCUGGCUAUGAGCUGUAUAAGUGCAGGUUCUGUAAUUUUUUCUCGCUGUAUUUUGCAAGCAUGAUAAGACACAGCUACAUGCAUAUGGGGGCCAAACCAUAUUCCUGUGAAUUUUGCCAGUCAGCAUUCACAAGUACAAGCGGCUUAAAGCGGCACAGAAGUAUACAUGCUGGCAAAGAAUUGUGCAGAGUCCGUCAACACCUCAGCUUUUCAGUCCUGGAGAGGAGAAAUGAAAGACCUUCAAAGAGUUAUACAUGUGAUCAGUGUAACGUUGUAUUUUACACUAAAGGACACCUACGCUUUCAUAAGAAAUUUCACAAGCGAGUUGAAAGUUAUGCUUACAUGAAUGAGGGUGACAACUGUCAUAGAAGUGAAGCGUAUGGAGAUGACAGAGAUUUCCCAAAGGAUCAGAUUCCUCCUCCUGCUUCCAACAAUAGUGAUGAUGAUCACUUGGUUAAUGAAACGCACCUGGACUUAGCUUCAGGAUCAGAGUUUGAACAGGAGAGUGAUCUCCAGAGGGAUAUGAAUACAAGGUUCGACACACAAUUUUGCAAAAGUAGCCAGCAGCAAAGUAACAAUCUGUCUAUUGUAGACAAUGGAUUAGAAAAUCUUCCUAAUACUUACCAGCAUGAUUUUGUGUUGCCGCAGUUGUCUCAAGAGGUCACUCAUUCACAAGUUCCAGGAUGUAAUGAAAUUGUUACAAAUUAUGAGCCUCUGGAAAGUGUUACGCCUAAUGCCACAAGGUCACCCAGUAGGACUUCUUUCAAACUGUUCAGGUGUCAACACUGUGAUUAUGCCACUUACAUGUAUAGCAACCUUAAGCUGCAUUUGAGGACACACACUGGUGAAAAACCAUUUGAGUGUAAUGAAUGCAGCAAGAUGUUUCGGACCUCUAGCCAUUUGCGGAGACAUAGCUACAUGCACUUACAGGAAUGUCGUAAAUAUGAUGAUUCUUACCUGUAUUUAAGGAACAGUUCAAAACGUAUUAAAAAGCAGUGUAAAACUCAGGGCACAACUCUAAGAAGAGAUGAUCUUAGUUCUGUGGAAGACUUGGAGCGUGUCCACUCCAUGUUCAGCCCAGAAAGCUUUGAGAAACCGAUGGAUCUUUACAGGGGCAAAGAAAGCAAAAAUGCUCUGCCAUCACAAAGUCAAGCCCAAUACUACAAGUGUGCAGAAUGCAAUUACACGACAUACGUUUUAAGUAACCUUAAGCUCCACGUCAUGAUUCACACAGGUGAAAAACCCCACGCCUGUGAUAUUUGUGAGAAGAAGUUUCGUACCACAAGUCACCUAAAUCGACACAAGCUCCUGCAUUUCAACACGGAGCUCUUCAAAUGUAAAACCUGUGACUAUUCAACAGACAAAUGGCAAACCCUCAAGCAGCAUCUGGUUUCACAUAUGGAUGGUACCAAGCUCCGAGAGCCAUCACCACUGUCUGUCAAAACCUACAGGUGUCAAGAGUGUGGCUAUGCCACUGCUCACAGUGGAAACCUGAAGCAACACUUGCGAAUUCAUACAGGUGAAAGGCCGUACACGUGCGACCAAUGUGCUCUUGCUUUCCGCACAUCGAGCCACCUCAAGCGCCACUUGCUGACUCAUUUGAAGUUACACUGCAAUUCCUGUGAGUUUUCCACUAGGGAUAAAUAUGCUUUGAAGAAGCACAUAAAAGUGCACAAGGAUAAACCUGCAGAUACCUGAAGUUCAAUAUAAUGCUUUCCAUCCUCAGUUUUGUAUAGAACCAUCAAUCAGCAGUGUUUGAAGACUGGACAGUAAAAUAGGAUUCAUUAAAAUUUGGGGUUAUAAGCUCCAGGAAGUUCACAGUAUUUCAAACAUGUUCUUUGCCCUGCAUCCACUAUGCCAACUGUCAUCAAUUUUAAAGUUGCCAUGGUAAAAAUUGUGGAAGCACCCAUGGGAUCUGGGCUAUAGUACACUGAAUGGAAAUUAAGGGAUGAUGCAUAAAGCGGGCAUAAAACACAUGUACAUUUUUAAUUUAAGUUCCAUCAUGUGCUGUGUUAAAAAGACUCAAAGCUGUUAAAAGCCCAAUGUAGUUUAAGAAAAGGGUGAAAAUCUAGGCCAGGGUUGGUAUAGGAAAGAGUUGUUCUGUAAGUGCUUACCUGAUUGAUAAACACACUUUUGCACCACCUACCAUUGCCUUGUGAGCAAGGAUGUGAGGUGCUAUUUGAGUUCCUGUACUUAUUUUCAGCACAGGCCCCACCUUUAUAUUAGGCUGAUCUUUUCUGUACCACAUGAUUGAGAUGUGCAGACAAAACAUAUUUAAGUGAAAUAAUUUUUAAUCCAAUUCUUUCUAGCACAUCAGCAACUUGCAAACUAAAAAUUGCAGAGUUGUGUGAAAAAUUAGUUGAAAAUGGAUCCCUCCUCCCAUUUGCUGUAUGUUGCAAUCCCUGUUCUGGGGGUUUUCUAUACCAGUGUCCAGAGGACGGACUUAAGAAAAUAACUUAUGGAACCAGGUCAUUGCAAUCACCAAUUUAGAGAUGUACGAUGCGGGUUAAAGGGUACGUGUAAACACAUUCCAGUCAAUAGAUUACUAGCCACUGAUCCAUGUUGACAUCUUGCCUUUUCAGUCCUGGAGAGGAGAAAUGAAAGACUUUCCAGAGUCACCCUCCACCGCUUUUUUGAAUGUGGCGACAUUCCCAGUUGAGAACCACUGUUGUUGCUGGCUCAGCUUACCUCAGUGCUUGUCAACCGGAUGUUGCUGCCUCCAGAUAAAACUGCCCUACUUACCUGCUGCACAGCCAGACUGGGAAUGGCCGUGGCACUUGUGUGUGAUCCUCCUGUGUAGGGCUCUCUGAUUAACCUAAAGCAGGCAGGAGCUACCUCCUCCUAUAGCCCUUCCCAGUCUGGCACUCCCGGGAACAGUUACACCUGUGCGCCUCUUUCUCAUGCCUCUGUUUCCAGGUCGAGUGGGAACGGGGACAGACUGGGAAGACCUACAGCCUGAGCCAGCUCCUGCCUGCUUUAGGGUUAUCAGGGAACUCUAAUGCAAGAGUACAAUGUGUGGCAUCGCAGCACUCCUGCGGGUGUCUCGUAGCACUCUGGUUGAGAAUUGCUGAUGUGAAUGCAUCUUUUGAUGCUUGUUUACUUUUCAGGCAGCCUGACAGAAAUAAUCGUCUAUAUUUUGCAUGCCACCGUUUUAGUGGCCUAAUUUUGUGAGAUGCUGAGCAUCCUCAAAACUCGUUUCUGGAUAAAUACCAAACUUGUUUGCAACCAAAAAAGUUGGAAGCGCAAGUUACAAAGCGUGGUUGGCUCCAGCCGAGCCCACCACUUUUAUCCUAGUUAUUGUGCAGCCCAGUCCAGAAAAUCUUCUCCAAGGUCAUAAACAUUUCAUAGAAAAAGUAUGGGUCUUUUAAUUUUUUCUUAUUAUUUUAGCUAAUAGUAAUUUAAAGGAGACUUUUCUUAGCACUGCUUGUUUCCCAUGUACCUUGUUUUUUACUAAAAUUCAUAACCCAUGAAGAGUUUUGUUUAUGUAGGAUUAUAGAUCAAAUAAAGUAAAUUAUUUUAGAAGAGGUGACUAAGUUGAUUCCUGCAUCUGUUAUAAACGUGGACUGCUGUUUCUGAAAAAUACACUUAAGUUCAUGUUCUACAUUGCUGCCCAUAUCUUUUGAAAAAUUCUCUGCUAUGGAAAAGAUAAAUAAUGGAAAUGUGCUGCAUCUCUAUUCAUCAGUUUGUAUAGAAUUGUGUUCAGAUAAUGUACAUGGUUUUGAUGUACAUUUCCAGUAUUAAAGUCUUAAAUGUGUUAAAAUAACCUUAGCUCAAAAGUUGGUAAAAUGCAGUGUUAGCCAUUGAAGUAUUUACAGCUUUGCCUUUAUAAACAGAGGCUGUUAAUAUGGCUUCUUCAAAAUGCAAUGAAUACUGUAAUAAUUGUAAGAUUUUAAUAAC